CCCAUCCCCAGGUAAAAACGAUCAGCAGAAAACCUAACGCAACAAUCUCCUCUCGGCUCCGCCGCCACCCCUUUUCCGGCGGUCUCUCCCCCCGAUCCCCUCCGCUCCCGCCGCCGCGCUCAGUUUCUCCCUGCUUGCGACCCGCUCCGGCCGUCGAGCUUCACCCUCCCAAAUCCACGCCCCGGCGUUCCCUCUCCACACCCUACCGCUAGUCGCCAGAUCCUCCAAUCCCAAGCUCCAGCGGCAGCCGUGCUUCGGGCGACACCACCGGACGGCGCCGAGAAGGAACAGAUAUAGGUAGAGAUCUUUCCUCUCGCCAGUCUUCCAUCUUAAUCCAAUCCCGCCCCCAGCAUGUCAGAGCUCUGCAAGAUCCCUGCUGCCAUGGUAGCCGAAUCUGUGGAGAGAUCUUAUGUGCUCAAGAUAGAUGGAUACUCAAGAAUGAAGGGGCUACUCAAGAACGGCCAGUUCGCCACCUCCACCCCUUUCAGUGUUGGAGGCCACGACUGGACCGUCAAAUAUUACCCCAACGGCUGCCCCAAGAAUUGCGACGAUUUCAUAUCUCUGUAUGUACGCCAUGAAUCGGCCGAUGCCAAACAAGCCAAGGCGAAACUGACGCUCAAUGUGCUUGACAAGAAUGGUGAUCCGGUGCCUUCGUACACCCGUACCGCCCCUGUGCACACCUUCUCAAGGAAAGCUCCAACCUGUGGCUACUAUGAUUUCAUCCUCAAGGCUGAGCUUGAGGGAUCGGCGCAUCUUAGAGGCGAUUGUCUCACCAUCAGGUGCGAUGUCACCGUUAUGAAGGACAUCGAAGAAGCAAUGGUUCCUCCAAGCGACCUGCACCGGCAUCUCGGCGAUCUCCUGAAGAGCAAUGAUGCAGCGGACAUGACCUUUCAGGUCGACGGGCAGAGAUACUCUGCUCAUCGCUGUGUCGUUGCUGCCCGGUCGUCUGUCUUCAAGGCGGAGCUCCUCGGCGCCAUGGAGGAGAGUUCCGGUAGUACCAUUGUCAUCCGUGACAUGGAAGCUGAUGUGUUCGAGUCCUUGCUCCAUUUCAUGUACACCGACUCGGUUCCUCCGGUGCUUGAUGUGGUGAUGGCUGGCCAUCUACUUGUCGCGGCUGACAGGUACAACAUCGGUAGGCUGAAGGUGAUAUGCGAGGACAAAUUGUGCAGUCACAUUGAUUCCAACAUGGUGGCUACCAGCUUGGCUUUGGCUGAGCAACAUGGUUUCCGUCGUCUCAAAGAAGCUUGUUUGCAGUUCCUUGCUUCUCCGUCCAAUUUGGAUGCUAUGAUGUCAAGUGAUGGGUAUGAGCAUCUGAAAUCCAGCUGCCCCGCAGUUCUUAAGGAGCUGAUAGCUAGAAUCAUCCCGGCUGAAUUUACAUCAGCAAAGGAUAUUAUCAUGACAAUGUGGAAGUAAUGCUUUCCGUACCAUUAUUAUACUCCAAAUUUUAGUACCAAAUGAUAUUAUGCUACAUCUCGGUUUGGAGUAGAAUCUUUAUUAUCCCCUGCUCAUGUAUGUGGAACAUGUUUUUCACUUUCAGUGAGAUAUUAAUGAAAUUCAAUGGAUUUCGGUUA